AUGAGGGAAUCUUCUCCUCCGGGCUGCUGCCAAGAAGUGUCCCGUCCCAGGCCAGGCCUCUCCCCAGAGACGGGGCCGGAGAAGACUUCUCGCUGUGGCUUCCGGAAGCGCAAGGAGACUGUGGUGCCCCAGCGAGCGUUCAUGGGAGAGAAGCCCUACAUCUGCAUCGAGUGCGGGCAGAGCUUCAGCCGCAGCUCCGACCUGAUCCGCCACCAGCGGAUACACACCGGGGAGAAGCCCUACAUGUGUGCCGACUGCGGCAAGAGCUUCAGCCGCCGCUCCCACCUCAUCCAGCACCAGCGCGUCCACACGGGCGAGCGGCCCUACCAGUGCAAGGACUGCGGGAAGAGCUUCAGCCAGAGCACCCACCUGCUGCAGCACCAGCGCAACCACACCGGCGAGAGGCCUUACGUCUGUGCCAAGUGUGGCAGGAACUUCUACCAGAACUCGGGCCUGCUCCGCCAUGCCAACUUCCACACGGGCGAGAAGCCCUACAAGUGCCCCCAGUGCGGGAAGCGCUUCAGCGACAGCUCCAACCUCAUUGCCCACCAGCGGCUCCACACAGGCGAGAAGCCCUACAAGUGCGCUGACUGCAACAAGUGCUUCAGCGAGAGCUCUAAGCUGGUCAUCCACCGGCGCGUCCACACAGGUGAGAAGCCAUACUUGUGCCCUGACUGUGGGAAGAGUUUCAGCCAGCGCUCGCACCUUGUCCAGCACCGCCGCACCCACACUGGAGAGAAGCCCUACAAGUGUGCCGAGUGUGGAACCUGCUUCAGUGACAACUCUACGCUCAUCCGUCAUCGUCGUACCCACACUGGGGAGAAACCUUUCAAGUGCUCUCACUGUGGGAAGAGCUUCAGUCGCAACUCCUACUUAGUCUCACACCAGCGGGUGCAUGUGUGGUAG